UAUCCUUUCGUGUUGUUUUUCAAUCUCUGCAGACCAUUUCAAUAGAAGCCAUGCAUCCUUUUCCCAUCGUCUUUUUUAUCUUCUUCACAUAUUUCUUACCAAUCUCUCUCGCUGAGAUCCGAUUCUUGCAGGUUCGCUCCGACAACCGGCCCGUAAUCCUAUUCGACGAAUUCGGGUUCACCCACCGCGGUCGCCUCGAACUGAACGUUUCCAGAAUUGCACUUGAUGGCCCCGACAACUUGGAGCUCACCCGAGUCGGGUUCUUCCUUAGUACACCCGAAUCAUGGCUGCAGCUUCUUCAGCAGAUUGAUGAUGGAGAGAUUAAUUGCGUUCUCCAGUCUGAUUACGCCAAGGUCGUCUACCUGUUCGAUCAUUUGCUCGGCAAUUCUUCCUUCAAUACGCUUUAUACCGAGUCUGGUUCCGGUCAGUACAGUCUCAUUUUCGCUAAUUGUCUGCCUCAGCUCACGAUUUCUAUGGACGUUCGGUCGGCGAUGUACAAUCUCGAUGGAAAUUCGGGGGAGACCCGGGACUAUCUCUCCGCGGGGAUGACGGUUUUACCUAGGGUUUAUUUUAUCCUCUCUCUCGUUUAUUUUGGCUUGGCUGGUGUCUGGAUUUUUGUACUAUACAAGAAGUAUUUGACAGCUUUUCGCAUUCAUUACUUCAUGCUUGCGGUGGUGAUUUUGAAAGCCCUGAAUUUGCUUUGUGAAGCUGAGGAUAAGUCAUAUAUUAAACAAACUGGAAAUGCUCAUGGAUGGGAUGUGUUGUUUUACAUAUUCAGCUUCCUGAAGGGAGUCAUGCUGUUCACUGUGAUAGUGUUGAUUGGGACUGGUUGGUCAUUCUUGAAGCCAUACUUGCACGACGGGGAGAAGAAGGUAUUGAUGAUUCUAAUACCACUACAAGUGCUGGCUAACAUUGCACAGGUUUUGAUUGAUGAAGCCACUCCAUAUGGAAUUGACUGGAUAACUUGGAAGGAAGUGUUCAUUCUUGUCGAUGUUAUAUGCUGUUGUGCAGUUCUCUUCCCUAUUGUUUGGUCAAUUAAGAAUCUCCGUGAGGCUGCCAGGACCGAUGGGAAAGCUGCUGUGAAUUUGAUGAAAUUGACUCUCUUUAGACAUUACUACAUUGUGGUUAUAUCGUACAUCUACUUCACUCGUGUUGUGGUUUAUGCUUUGGAAACAAUCACCUCAUAUAGGUAUGUAUGGACUAGUGUGGUGGCAGGGGAAUUGGCAACACUUGCUUUCUAUGUGUUUACUGGGUACAAGUUCAAACCUGAGGCACAUAAUCCGUACUUUGUAAUUGAUGAUGAUGAUCAGGAUGAUGCAUUGAAGCUUGAAGAUUAGUUUGAAUUGUGAAUCUAAUCAACCUCCAGUCAGGUUUUUGUCCAAUUAAACGAAUGUUGUCACAGUGCUUCUGUGUUUGGUUCUAGUCUGUGAUGAAACAUUUUCAUACCAUUCGGUUCACAGUAUUUUGGAACCAAGAAAAUGCUAGGAAAAGAAAACUGGGAGGAAAUCUAGAUUAAAAAACAUGCAAAGGAAAAUUGAAGGAAUUUUUUUGUUAAAUACAAACUUAGCUAAUCUGUUUUAGACUUUUAGAUAUUCAUUUGAAAUCAUUUUAUUUAUUUAUGUAUUUAUUUAUAUAUUUAUAUUAUAACUAAUAACUCUGAGAGUUAACUUUUUAUCAAACAGACUCUUAUUUCAUUUUCCUUUGUAUUUUGCAAUGAAAUAUCAAUAUAAGAAAAUAAUGUUCCUAGCAAUUUCUCUCCUUUAUCUAGUUUUUUUCUGUGAUCCAAACACACUCUAAACUCUAAAGGUCUAAGUUUUUCUCAAGAAUGUGGAAAACCUUUCAUUCUUUUGAGAUUUGUGCCAUUGGCUAAAUGCCAUUUGCAUAACUUUAUGAACUAUAGUCUUCUUUUUUAUUAACUCGCCAUAAGCAUAUAACUUUGAUGAUGAUGAGAUAAUAGUUGUGUAGUUGGCCAAUUUUGCCUUCUAUCUCACUCUGCUGAAUAAGAUCUGUUGGGAUAUGAGAAACUUCAAGUCUUGCUAUUAUGUAUUGAUUGAUGUUUGUUACGUAAAGAUUAAUAUAAAUAGCUUGUAAGGUGUUCUAUCAUUGCACCUAUUUUGGACUAGCUGGAGAGACCAUGUGAAGCAUUUCUGAAUAGAUAAAGAAUUUCUGCUUUCGUGGAUCCCAAUUUUAAGUGGCCGACAUAGAGAUUUACUUCCUUGGUUCUUUUUUAGUUGCAACAUUCCCCUUUUCACGUUUGUCAACGCACAACUUUGACCAUUAUUAUAUUUGAUUCUAUAUUUGUAAAAAAUAAUGAAAAAUCAGAUUAUGAACUUAGUCAUGAGACAAAUUUAACAAAAUUUUCCAAAAAAAAUAAUUCACACACAAUAAUAAAUAAAAUGUAGUCAAAGUAGAGGACAUGAAUAGUGUAUAAAGUCCUAUGUUGCAACUAAUGCGAUACGGAGGAUAGUAUUCAACAAGGCAUGCUAAUAGUGGUGGAUAUGGGCCGGUUCCAAUCCGGAUCUAGACCUGUCGGUUCUUGUCUCCAAAAGGGAAGAACAGUAACUGGAAUGGGGUUACUGAAGCCAGUUUUAGGUCUUGUUUACUUCCCGAUUUAUGGGUCUUGGUCUUGAUCGAGUUUUGGGUAGUUUCAUGCUAGAAAAGUUGAACUUAAAAUAAUAGAUCGGGACCGGAAUGGGCCGAUUCUGGCCCAUGUCAAUACUACCAAAGUAGAUAGCUCUUAUACCGAUUCCAUUUUGGGAAUUUAUCACAAAUAGACUACAAAGUAUAAAUAAUAUCACUUUUAUCACCCUAAAAAAAUCUUUUCAAAAAUAGUCUUCUCAACCUUUUAUUUUCACAAAUAGACUGUAGCACUGGAGCAAACACUCGCUCUUACGGAAACCUCCCGUCAUUGUAGCUUAGCUCAAAUUAGCAACUAACAGUAACGGACAUCAAGUCACGUUAGUUAAACUAGUUGAUACGGAGUGAAGAAAUAUAAAGAAGACCUGUAUACUUUUAUUUUAUUUUAUUGCAAACUACAAAACAAAACAGAAAUGCUAAAAUUAUUAAAAAGUAGAAUGAUGAAAAUAAUUAGAGAAGUAAUAAA